AUGACGAACCAGGCCGACCUUGACAAAAUUCAGACAUGGCGCCAGGCCGGCCUUCUCGAAGCCCCAGCCAUCCUGGAGCGGCUGUCCCGCGCGAUCGCCGCCCACCUGGCCGCCGACGCCGCAAACAACCCGGUCACAAGCGUCCCGGCCCUUGCCGCCGCGGUCCCGCUUCUCUUCCGCGCCCUGCGCCGCCUGUCCGCCCACCCCUUCACCACCACCACCACCACCACCACCCAGCCCGAUGCCACCACCGCCGGCGUCACGCUCGACGGCCUGCUGCGCGCGCUGUUCUGGGCCGUCCCGGCCCACCACCUCGCGCACAUGACGUCGCGCCGCCGCGCGCUGUUCCAGGCCCUCGCGGCCCCGGACGCCGCCGCCGCCGCCGCCGCCAAGCUGCCGUUUGACGAGGGCCGGUCGAGGGCUGGGGCGGCGGGCCCGCCGAGGGGUGCGGGAUCGGGCGUCAACUACGAGAUGUUUGACCGGGUCUUGGCUACGGUUGCGCCUGCGCUCCUGAAUCCCUUUCACCUCCUUCUGGAGGCCUUCACCAAGGCUCCUCCCAAGACACCUGCUCAGUCCAUGACGGGAACCCCAGCAGCCCAGACCGCACUUGGUCGGCAAUCUGGAGACGGCAUACUUUCCUACAGCCGUCUCGCCCAGCUCCGCACCUCCCUCCAGGGCCGAGCCGGGGAGUCUACCGAAGACCUGCAGCUAAAGUGGGAGUGGGACAGCGGCAGCGCCGCCUCUGCGGGCGAGGGUGUCGCCGGGGAUCUGGUCAAGUCUAUGCGCGGCACCGAGGAUGAGACACUACUUCUGGUCAGGGGCAGCAGGGCCGACGGGAGCUCGGGCGAGUUGUUCACCUUCGGGUUCUACUCGGCGCGCGGGGCGGAGGACGAAGCUUCGAUCGAGGACAUCUGCCCGACCGACGACGAAGUGUGCGUCGCUGCGGUUUUCGAGGUGGCGCCGGUGCAAGACGCCUUCCCGGGCAUCUUGGGAAGGCCCGGCUGGGGGAUUCGGGAAGCGAACGGUAACAGCCUUCUUCAGUUCGGCGGCCCCGAGGCUGGAGCCUCGCUGAAGAUCGAUCUUUCGACUGCGCGGGCCACCUUUACCCACAAAGUCCCUGCAGCCGGCGAGGAGUUGAACGCGUCGGCCUCAUUUCGCCCGUCGGCCCGGAGGGGUAGCUGGGAGGUAGAGCUGAAGGUUGGAAGACUGGAGUUGUGGUCCCAGAAUAAUUAGUAGGCUGCGUCGACAACAUCCUACGAUCCGAGGGAUUUCCAGUGAAGGCAGAUUUUAGAUACCCGCGAGGAUGCCACCGGAUACGGUGAGCCAAAUAUUCACCCGACGACCCUCCCUGGGUGCCAAUAUUAUUGUCUGG